AUGAGAAAGAUAAACAAAUUAUUGCUUAUCAUAUCGCUACUUUUAAUUGCAGGUUUUGCUGCUAGACUUAAAAGGUCAAGCAAGUCAAAGCAGCAACAACUUAUAGCUGAUAGCAUAUAAUCUUAAAACAUGAAGAUAACUCUCGAAAGAGAUAACACUGUAGAAAAGAAGAUUCAAAUUAUUAAUUUUAUUGAAGAAUCUAACUCAAUCAGAAAGAAUUAGCCUUCAUUCAAAAAGAGAGUGUAUGACAAGGAUUCCUAAAAAAUAAUGAUUGAAGAAAAGGAAAUUACUGCUGACAGAAAGCAAUAAUUUGUCUCUAUGAUACAAACUAAUGGAAAAAGUGUAGGACUUUAGAAUCACGGAAAUACCUUUUAUACUGGUAAAAUAUAAGUAGGUAAUAGAGAUCAAUAUUAUAAGAUGAUAUUUGACAGUGGUUCAACCCUUAUUUUCUUGAAUUCAGUUUAAUGCGACAGUAUUGGAUGUAUAAGAGGAAACUAAUACGAUUCUGAAGCAUCUCCUACCUUCAAGGAUGUUGACUUAGAAGUAAAAGUUGAAUUCGGAAGUGGUAUCCUAACUGGUGAAAUGGGAAUAGAUACUUUCUAUUUUGGUGAUAUGGCUGUUGAAAGAGUUGAAUUCAUGGAAAUCUUAGAACAAGAUGGUGCUGUUUUUGAAAGUGGUGACUUUGAUGGUUUGAUUGGUUUAGCUUUUCCUUAAUUAGGUGAUGGCGCUGACACUGUUGUUGAUUACAUGAAAGACUAGAAUUUGAUUCCUAAAAAGAUGUUCAGUUUCUACAUGUCAAGAAAAGAUGAGAGUGACAACUCUUUUAUAUCAUUUGGAUAAAUUGAUCAAUAAGUUAUAGCUGGAGAUAUUAAAUACCAUAAAGUAGAAAGUCCUUUAUAUUGGACUCUUCUAGCUUAAGAAAUAAAACUUGGUGGACAUAAAACUAGUCUUUGCUCUAGAGAAUAUCCUUGUCCACUUGCCAUAGAUUCUGGAACAAGUAUCAUUGCUGGUCCAUCUGAUUAAAUAGAUUUCCUUACUGAUCUUAUUUUAGACAGAGGUUUUGAAUGCAACUAAAUCAAAAAAAUGCCAGCCAUAUCCUUUGUUAUUGACGGAGAAGAAUAUCCUAUAUUAGCCGAGGAAUACAUUAUUAGUUCUAAUGGAGCUUUUGCUAAUAUGUAUGAACACAGUGUAGAUCCUGCUGAGUGCUACCCUGCUUUAGUAGCAUUAGAUGUCGAAGAACCUUAACUUGGUCCUAUGUGGAUCCUUGGUGAUAUUUUUAUGUCUAAGUAUUACACUUUAUUCAACCGUGAAGAUAAAACUGUAGGUUUUGCAAAGCUUAAAAGUAUCGAUACAAGGUUAUAUCAAAAGCCAUCUAAAAUUGAAGAUGAAGAAUUUAAUUAUAACUUUAUGAAAAAGAUGAACAAAAGAAAAAAAUCUAAAAAACACCUUUGA